GUGGGGGGCUGGAGGCCCGAGAGAAGGCCAGGGGUCGGUGCCAAAGGCAGCCGGAUUCGGGCUCCGCAGCCUCUGUUCACAGAUCCUGCGCAUUGGUCUUCCUGCCCACCAGGUGUGGCCUGCGAUCAGGUGCUUCGCAAAUUCUCAGCACUUUCCAGGUCACUCAGGCCUUCGAGAAUAAUCGCUCACCAUCAUGGAUACGCUUUCAGAAGCAAAUGGCACCUUUGCCUUAAGUCUGCUGAAAAAGCUGGGUGAAGACAACUCAAAAAAUGUGUUUUUCUCGCCUAUGAGCAUCUCCUCUGCCCUGUCCAUGGUCUUCAUGGGCGCCAAGGGAAACACUGCCGCCCAGAUGGCCCAGGCACUUUCUUUAAGUAAGAGCAGCGGAGGAGGUGACGUCCACCAGGGGUUCCAGUCACUUCUUACGGAAAUCAACAGGACUGACACACAGUACUUGCUUAGAACUGCCAACAGGCUCUUCGGAGAGAAGUCUUAUGAUUUCCUCUCAUCAUUCAAAGACUCCUGCCGUAAAUUCUACCAGGCAGAGAUGGAAGAGGUUGACUUUAUCAACGCUGCGGAAGAGUCCAGAGAACACAUCAACACCUGGGUAGCCGAAAAGACAGAAGGUAAAAUUACACAGUUGCUAUCUCCAGGUUCAGUCGACCCAAUGACAAGUCUGAUUCUUGUGAAUGCCAUCUAUUUCAAAGGAAACUGGGAUAGUCAGUUUAACAAAAGGCAAACCACGGAAAGACCCUUUAAAGUCAGCAAGAAUGAGGAGAAACCUGUGCAAAUGAUGUUUAAAAAAUCCACCUUUAAAAUGACUUAUAUUGGAGAAAUAUUCACCCAGAUUCUGGUGCUUCCCUAUGUGGGCAAAGAGCUGAAUAUGAUCAUCAUGCUUCCAGAUGAAAACGUUGAUUUGAAAACGGUGGAGAAGGAAAUCACUUAUGAGAAAUUCACAGAAUGGACGAGGCCAGACAUGCUGGACGAAGAAGAGGUGGAAGUGUUCCUCCCUAGAUUCAAACUGGAAGAGAAUUACGACAUGGGGACCAUCCUUUGUGCUCUGGGCAUGACCGACGCCUUCGAGCAGGCUAAGGCAGACUUUUCUGGAAUGUCGUCCAUGAAAGACCUCUAUCUGUCCAAGGUGGUACACAAGUCUUUUGUGGAGGUCAACGAGGAAGGCACAGAGGCUGCGGCCGCCACUGCGGCCAUCAUGAUGUUGCGAUGCGCGAGAAUCAUGCCCAGGUUCUGUGCUGACCACCCCUUCCUUUUCUUCAUCCAGCACAGCAAAACCAACAGUAUCCUGUUCUGUGGCCGAUUCUCCUCCCCAUAAGGAGAUGCUCGGCACUGUACGCGGUCCUUCUCCUCUGUCCUACUGACCCACCUUUCCUCUGACACUUCACAAUGUGCCUACAAUGCAAAGUGACCUUUGGUGACAAACCAAAAAUAAAAGGCCCAGUUUUGAAAUCCCAUGA